AUGGUUUUCACGAUACCUACCGACGUCUCCGUCAUUUUGCAGUGUCUCUUUGCCGCGAUGGCGUGGGCAGUAAUGGGCGCCCGGCUCUGGCUGCGCAAACAUCGAUGCCGGCGCUUCGACGCCGGCGACUACAUGACAAUGCUGUGCAUGUUAACUCUCUUACUGUCCUUGAUUAUGAUCUCGGUAUACCAGAAGUUCAAGGUGAGGAGUUUACUUCAGAAGCCGGGUGGGCCAACCCCUCAUGAUCUUGCAAUCGCAAAAAGACUCACGCGGGUUUAUGUCGGGUAUACAUACGUCUAUAUCAUCUAUCUCUGGGGCCAGAAAUCAGUCGUGCUUCUCUUCAUCCAGCGCAUCUGGGGUGGUCUUCCGUGGCCUCACAUCUGGAUUCUUGUGGCAUGGGGCUACCUCGCGCUAACCUUUAGCUUUGCAAUCAUCGGCUGGAGUGUGUCCUGCACAGGGCCGGUGCAUAAUAUUGUCCUGACGGGACAUCCACCAGUCAACUGUCUCAACUCUAAAGGAUCUUUAUACUCCUACGUCGCGCAAAAUACCUCCAGCGACCUGUUACUCAUCAUACUUCCGAUCCCCUGGUUGCUCCAGGUCCACCGACCCUGGUCUCAACGUCUCCUCCUGAUCGGACUCUUCUCCCUCGGGCUUCUGGUGGCCGCGGCCAGUCUCGCCCGCGCGUUCCUGUCCUCCACCAACCAAGGCAUCAACGUCAUCAUCACCCUCUUCGAGGUGCUCCUCUCGGCGCUGGCGGCCAACCUCCCGACCCUGUACAGUCUGCGGCGCCGGAAGCAGGCGCCGGCGCCCUCCACCCUGGACCCGGAGUGCAGCAUGCCCCAGCCCCAGCCGCAGCACCUGCCUCAUCCUCAUCUCCGGGCCCGCGCCCUCACCGAUACGGAGAUCAUCGCCGACUCUGGAGAUACGGAUACGGACGCCCAGUCCGACCACCGGAAUACGCGCGUGUCGAGCCAGGCCAGCACGGAGCCAUUGUUUCGACGGGAGUUGAAUUCUAGUCUAGUAGUCCUUCUGCGUGGAUCUUCACCUCGGGUCUCUUGA